CACCAAGCUCUGCAGCUUCGUCUUCGUCUCCUGACACAAUUUAAACUCGAGCGAACCCCCUUUGCUUCCAUUGUAAGGAACAGACCCCUUCUGACCUCAUUAUACAGACACCCCAUCCCCCAGCACUCUCCUCAACCGCACACACACACACACACACAUGCACACCAACACCACCCCACCCAGCACCUCCUUGCCAUAGUAAUGCCAUAGUUCUUCUGCAUUACUUUCAUUCUUCAUCUCAGAUGUGGAUUUAUAUUUCAUGAAGAUUUUAAAGUUAUUCUAUUAUAGUCAGUUAGUCAGUCAGUUAGUUUUUAUUUCUUUGUCAUGCCAACAGUGGUCAACCCCACAUGGGAUUACAAGACAUCGCUAUUUAUCAAACAUUAUCAAACACACCUCUUCCAUUAACAUUUAUACAAAAUCAAAAGAAAAAAUCAAUAUACUUUCAAAUAACAUUAUGUGAAAGAUUUCUAAUAAAUUGUACACAGAAUAACCCUUAUCAAUGUAGUUAACCCUUUUAAACUAUGCUGUAAUUUGACAGCUUUGUGCUACAGAUGUGCAUAUGUAUGUGUGCGGGCAACCUUUAAUACAACACCACUGUUUAAUGCUAAUAUUAAUCAAUAAGUUCGUAGAUUGAAAGAAAAUAAUUGCCAAGAAUUUGAAUAACCCAAGUAGAUGUACUGUAUAAGGCAUUUAUCAAGAAAAAAUGCUAAAUAUUAUCUACCAGCAGCCUUCCAAAUGUGUGCUUUUUUAUAAUUUAUAUAAUUUUAAGUUGAAUAUCAUUUGGUUUUGGACUGUUGAUUAGCUAAACAAGCAAUAUGAUUUGACAUUUUGCGGACUGAUUAAUUGUUAGUCAAAAUAAUCCUGUUCCUAUUAUUGUGGCCAUAUUGCUAACAGGAAUUAAGUAUACAUGAAUGAGUUGUCCAAGCUAGAAACACUAGCCAGACCAAAUGUUCUGCUACCUUGAGUCUUUUUAUAGGUUUGUGUCCCAUGAUCCCCAUGUUCAUGUUUUGGGCAGGGUGGGGUUGUUGGUGUUGGAUGAUUGGGGGGGUUGGCAGCUGUAACUCUACACCGAUGUCACUGUAUGACGAUUCAUGCCGCGUUCUAACUUAUUUAGCCAGGCGAUGCACUACGUCCACUGAACAGGACAAGAUGGUGUCGGUGUUUUCCUGCAGGCAGUUAUGGCACCAGUAUUUCUCUGAGCUUUGAGGCUGACACCUAAAUAACAGGUUGUAUUUUGGGGACAGAAAACCAUGACAGAGCCUUACUGCAGACAGUGAGAGCUGAAUGUGUAAUGUUAGCUGUCUUAUGAAUGGCAUGGACACCAGUGAGUGGAUCAUUGUCUGCAGCUGUGUGAAGCAGUUGACUGGAGGCACCAGAACUGUGAGUAUCUGAUCCUGUGGCUCAACUCAGCCUGGGUUUCACCUGGUGAUGAUGAACUGCCAGUCGUCUGCUCCCAGCCAACAGUCGGGAGUGGUCAACCAGACUCCCUCUGGUAGAAAAUCAAGAGUCAAUGUGAAGAAAUCGACUCCAAGUUCCUGGGCAGAGGAGACCCGAGGGAGGAAAAGUGCCGGCAAACACAAGCGCUCAGCAUCGUGGGGCAGUGCAGAGCACCUGAGGGAGGUGGCCAAGCUGAGGAACCAGUUGCAGAAGCGCUCCCGCCACGUCCCUCCCUCAGCAGGAUAUGAGCUCCCCCACAACCCCCUGCCAGCAGGUCAUGCAGCAGGCAUAACUCAGACACUGCCCCUGAUACCCCUGAACAGACUCGCUCCACGACUGCGACGUAGUGUUGAAGGCCUCAACUUGGAGCUGGAAGAGGUGUUUGUUUCUGAGAAACCUGAGGAGCUGCACGAGAUUCUGGAUAUCCCAGAUGGUCACAGGGCCCCUGUCCCUGUCCAGAGAUGCAGCAGUGGCUCUCAGAGUGAGCCCUCCCCUGGCCCCCUGGAUCUGGAUCCUUCCCUCUUCUCUCCUUCUCAGUCCCCCUGUCCUUUAGAUCCAUUGCUUGUGUCUCCUUCAAAUUCCCCUUCUCCAUUGAACCCAUCUCUUCUGUCUCCGUCACUGUCUCCCUGUCCCAUUGGAGAGCCAGAGCCAGUGGACUGUGAGACGCUGUGUCCCGCUCCGUCCACAUCACUCCCUUCAUUUGCACUGGACCCUCCUCUGUUGCAGCCCUGCUCUUCCGCUCCUCGGCCAAACAAAACUCACGGCUUCCAGCGCGAGCCGCCAGAAGGCUGCGAGCGAGUACGAGUGUGCGAGGAGGCAUUCUCCAGGGCUGCCUGUCAGGAUGAGCCUCUCCUUCAGCCAUCCUGCCCUGACCCCAACAAGGUCAACUUUACCCCCCAUGGAGGCUCCGCUUUCUGCCCUGUCAGUCUUCUAAAGCCCCUCCUGCCCUCCAUGGACCUCCUCUUCCGUGGGCUGUCAGUCUCUCCGGUCACCGGCUGCCCAGGUCAGGCCUCUCCUACCAGGCACCUGGGCAUGCAGUAGGUGGAUAUCUGAGUAGAGCAUCAUCUCAGGGCUAAACCACACUGCACUGCCAGAACCUGCAGAAACUGGAUUUGUUUUACAGAUACACUUGGCUCAUCAAUGCUGUAACGUGCCAUGAUCACUGUGAUCAAAACAAGAGACUGUGAUUUAUACUUCAGAUUGACUUUUAACUAAAAUCUGGCUGUUUUACUGAUUAUUUCCACCUGCAGGAUGUUUUGUUUAAGCUGAUAUUUACCUCAUCCGUAUUUAGUAUUCCCAAUGUGAGCUGUGGAUUAACUACAGGACUGGAAAUGUGUUUGUUUUUUUAUGGCUGACUAAGUUUUUGAUAAAACUUAAUAUUGUUUUAGUUGUGCAUCAGCAGUUUAAACAAAGACUGCAGUCUGCUGGGGAUGUUUUCAUUUUAAAUUUAAAAUAAGUGAAUUCAGAGUAAAAAAAAAAAACCAAGCACCUACAACAUACAAGUAUUACUUUUUUACUAUCCUUUACUGUUUAUUAAAGAAGUGUUAAGCUUAGAUGAACUUUCAGGUUAAUUUGAGAAACUUGAUGGGUUUGUUCCUGAAAUUUCAGAAAAUCUGUUUGUUUGAAGAGACAUAUUUUUUGGCCCAUAGUUUAAUGGUGGCCUGCUUUUCUACAAAUGUAUUUCUAAGAAGAUAUAUAUUUUUGUAUCUUUUUAAGGAGUUAUGAGGCUGGAGAUACUGUUGUAUUCACUGAAAGAAUUUGCCUUCUGUUUAUACUUUGUUUUAUAAGCAGGAAUGGAUGUUUUAUUAGCUUUACUUGCCUAAGGGGGGGCAUUGUUCUAACCAAAUGUUUGCAAUUUUGUCAACUUUUUAAGAAUUUGAGUGGGUCAAGCUGAGUUUAAAAAAGUUUUUCUUUGGACACGUGGUUCUGGUCAGAAAUGGAUGUGGUUUAGGUUGAUUCUAUCUGAGUUCAUGUUCAAAUGGAUAACACACUGUCUUUGUCAGCAUGAUCCUAUGCAACACUCAUAUAAAAAAACAUAGCCUACCUAUAGUUGAAAAAAUAGGUAUUUUUUUGUCAGACCUGUUUUCUCAGACCUGAUUAUGCACCCUUUAAUUGUUUAGUGUGCUGUUGUUGGCAUUGUGAAGAAAGUAAAAUAACGAGAUGUCCUAGCCGUUUAAAAACCUUCUGUACUCCUUA